UAGAGCUUCAACUGCCAUCAGAGGCUGCUUACCACCUGAAGCAGAGGAACUGUGGCCUCCAAGAGGCACCAGCACCAAGCCAUCAGCAACUGGAGAGCACAAAGAGCUUCCUGGACAGGAACCAUGCCAUGGCCACUAUCCUGCUGGCUCUGUGUCCUAGGGACCCUGGCAGGGCUCUCAGCUACUCCAGCCUCCACAAGUUGUCCAACAAGACACUACCGAGCCCAGACAGGAUUGUGCUGUCAGAUGUGUGGACCAGGAACAUUCUUCGUGAAGGACUGUGACCAAUUCAGAAAGGCUGCUCAGUGUGAUUGGUGUAUACCAGGGGUCUCCUUUUCUCCAGACCACCACACCCGGCCCCACUGCGAGAGCUGCCGACACUGUAACUCUGGUCUCCUCAUCCGCAACUGCACCAUCACUGCCAACACCGAAUGUGCCUGCCCCAAGGGCUGGCAGUGCAGGGACAAGGAGUGUACUGACUGUGAUCCUCCUCCAAACCCCUCGCUGACCACUCGUCCAUCUGAAGCCCCACGCUCACACCCACCACCCACCCACUUACCUUAUGCCAAAAAGAUGUCAGAGGCCAAGACAAUCUGGCAGUCACCUAUCCCAGCUCUCCCCCGCAGCUGGCCACAUGAGUUUUCUCCCAAAUCCUCAACCCCAGAAAGAACUCACAGAGAGUCCAGGAACCAGGAAGCUCCUAAGCAUCAGGGUAAGAAGGCAGAGGGUGGGGGGAGAACAAUUAGGAGAGGGCUGGUCCAGCAGAGGGAAGGAGAAAGGUUGGGUGAUAGGAGGGCUGAGUUGAGAGAGCCAAGGGCUACAGUCUCCCUCAGACCCCUGUGUGCCUCUGCCUAUCACAGUCCAAAGGUCUCUGUGCAGCUCAGAGUGUAUUCGCAUCUUCAUGAUCUUCUCCGCAAUGUUUGUUUUCAUCCUGGUUGGAGCCCUGUUCCUCCAUCAACAAAGAAAAUAUGGAUCAAACAAAGCUGAAAGCCCAGUGGAGCCAGCACACCCUUGUCCUUACAGCUGCCCCAGGGAGGAGGAAGGCAGCGCCAUCCCUAUUCAAGAGGACUACAGAAAACCAGAGCCUAC